UGAACAUUCUCCAGAGUGCUUGUGGCCUUCUCUGAUUUAUCGCAGUUUACAACCAACAUGUCAAUAUGUCGUCCAGUCACCGACUAUACCGAGCUAUCGGGAAGGUUUGCUCCGGUCCUCAAACUGCAUGUAGGCUAUCGGCGAUAAAACUUUAUCGUUCCAGGUUUAAGUUGUCUCUCUGGCACUUGGUGAACACAAUCUCUCCAGGUCUUGACACGAUCACAUUUGAUUUGUUUUGAAACUUCAUCAAUUUAUCUGGAGGACAUCUUAAUUUUCAUUUUCUGUGAUAAUUCUUCAUACUUUUGAAACUUUGGACUGGAUUAACUUGGCAGGAUACAGCGCAAAAGAUACUUUGAAACUACACUUGGUCGCAAAGAAAUUUGUUUUGGUUUUCCCGAAAAAAGUUGAAAUCAUUUUCUUUUCGUUUUCAUUAAAUUAUAAAUACAAAAGUUAAAACAGUCCGACAAGUACUCGUGAAGACGGUUGUCCGUGUUGAUUGUUCCCAAGUUUUAAAGACAGUUUUGGCAUUGCAUUCUUCAAGUGUUAUUGAAAAUCUUAUUUCUAUGUUAAAUGAUUUAGACGACUUCAAACUUUCAAAACUUAUAUUAAAACUAAAAGACUAUCACAAUUGAUCGUAAAAGAAGCAUAUGUAUCCGAAACUCUGCACUACUGAGCUCUGAUCUUAAGCAUUGGCAUUGUUUGUGUGUUAGCACGCAAAGUGUAGACCGUUGUGAGAGUUUGGUUACCGUUUUGGGAGGUGUUUUGUCGCGGUAUACCUUUGUUCAUUGUGCGAGCUGCGACACUGUAGCCCCUAACCUACCGUCCUCUCAGCAUUAUGCAUUGGCUCAGGUUUGCAGCCUAUCCAGGCACGGCCACACAGGUAGGAGAACGUCCAGGCUGUGUGUGUACCGACACGAGACUGUCCUUUCCCAGUCAGCUCGGCGGACGUCCAAAGAUCAGCGAGACUAGGGUACACCCUAUACUUCAGCAGUACUGUGAGCUAAAUACAAACAACGCGACUAGCCAUGGCACAGAUUAGGCCUCGCGAGAGCUGGCCAAGACCCUCGCCACCCGGGAUCACACGAAGCCCACUCAAUCCGCCUGUGUAUGCCGAAGAGGAGGAGGAAGAGAAGGCGAUUCAUGAGGAAAGACACGUGCCAAUACCGCAGGAAACUGUGGAGGUAGAGGAGAGUAUUGACGAGGUGGUUGAAGAAGUUUUCGAGGAAGAAGUGGGUGGUGAGUGCGAGCUUCAGGACGAAUCCGUGUAUGAGUAUCAAGGUACAGGGUCCAGCGAUUUGGAUGAGUCAAUAUCUGUUUGUACAGAUACGCGUGUACGGGUAGACGACUGUGUGACAGAGUCGCAACAGCAACACAGCGACACAGUGGUCCUUUCUUACCAUACCCAGACACCAGAGUCCGCGGCCGAGACAGCUCAGGCGGUGGAAAGCAUCAGCCAUAUCGAGGAUGUAGGGACACCGGAAGUCUCCAGAUCACCACCACCGUUACAAACCGUGCAAAUAGUGAAAUAUCCCAACAACGGAAGUUUACAUCGCGUCGGGGAGGACGACGAUCUAGGACAUACGCACUUAACGAAUCUGUCGACAGCAGGACAUGGGUCGUUCGCGGGAUUAAAUCUGACGAACGCACCAGUUGGUCUAGUUAAUAUAUCCGGUUCCUCGAACCUGCAUUCAACUUUCGACAACACAAAUAACGUGCUGCUCCCCCAGGUGGACGUUGAAGAAUUCUUUGACAAAAUGGAGCGUCCCAUGGCUACUUCCGUAUCUCUGGGCAAUUCUCACUAUACGACUGGAGGAAACGGUCACUUGACAACGUUGACCAACGCGCCGAUGACGCCACAAACAAUUUAUCAAGGGUUAUUAGGUUCAUCUGGUGGUGUGGUGACUUUACCCCACCACUCGGCUUACUCGGACAUUCAUCAUCCUUCAUAUCAUUCACCAUUAUCCUCACUGUACUUGCCGCCCGGUCGGCCACAUGAUUACGGACUUUCAUCGUCGGCGUCUCCGCCACAGUCGUCUACGCCCUCCUCUCAAUGGUCAAUUCCUUCUCAGGAAGCAACGUAUACUAGCAUUGGACUGACAUCCCCUGUAAAGUACUCUUACCCUCUCACUAACGACAGUGGAUCCCCUUCCCACUCCUCCAUCCGCAACGAGGGUUCCCCCGGGCUGCAGUAUGCUCGGGGACAACCCCCGAGUGAGGCCUCAUAUGGGAGUUACUUGAGUCAUGAACUCGCAGGACAGACUGGCAUUUCCCCCUUUAACAUGGCGGUAGAGGAAGCCAGAACUCAAGACGACCCGAACUACUUUAACGGAGAAGGGCGAGAAUGUGUCAACUGCGGAGCGAUAUCGACGCCAUUAUGGCGGAAGGACGGGACGGGUCAUUAUUUGUGCAAUGCAUGUGGAUUAUAUCAUAAAAUGAACGGAUUAACGAGACACCAAAAUAGCAAAAUGUCCCCCACACAGGACUCGACGGAGGACGACAAACCCAAAAAAUUUGAAAGUAAAUAUGACAAGGCGAACAACAACAACCGGAACCGGGUGGGGUUGUCUUGCGUGAAUUGUGGGACCACCACUACCACCCUCUGGCGGCGGAACGGAGAAGGAGAACCCGUAUGUAACGCGUGUGGCCUCUACUACAAACUGCACCAGGUAAAUCGACCGAUGUCGAUGAAGAAAGACGGGAUACAGACCCGGAAACGGAAACCAAAGACCGUCUCCAAAAAGUCCCCGUCUAAGGACACAUCACUGCACGUGGAGCAUCAGCAGCUUCAGCAGCAGCAGCAGCAGCAUCAACAGCAGCAUCUCAGUCAGCAACAGCAGCAGCACUACCCCCUCCAUCAUCACCAGCCUCAUGUGUCGGCGCCCUCUACCGGGCUACUAGACCUCUCGGCGUCAAAGGCAGACAACUCAACAGUAACAGAGAUGAAGCCGUUAAUGAGUUCCUACCAUAAUUUGUACCAGACACACGGAUCGGUGCUAGCGGCCCUUAGCACCCCUCCCCCCGCUCUUCUCCAGGUCGGCAGUCCGCCCCCAGGUGUGCUUCCUUCCAUACACCAUCUAAGUCCAGACUUCAGUAUCGAACGCGCCUUGGCGAUGAACCACCAAAUGGUUCUGAAGCAAGAACCGCACAUAUUUGAACCGUCGCCGCCGAAAGCUAUCCCUGUUUCAAUUGGUAUGGAUUCGGAAACGAACUUGCGAUCAUCGCCUGAAGGAGCGCCACCUGGUGGUGACAUUGUUCAACUCAAGGCAGCCAUCGUGACACAAAACUGAUUUGUAAUGUCAUUUUGGUUGUGACGCAUGCGUAUAGAAGUUAAAAUGAUGCAGUAUAUGAGUGAAAGCUUACUGAAUCUACAUGUACUUUUCUUUUGUAACUCAAUCGUAAGAUACCUAGCAGUAACGGACACUGUUUAGUUUUUGUAUUAUACAACCAAGCGUCAUCGAUCCAUUUAAGGAGGUAUGCUAUCUUACUCAGAUAUGUAUCUCCUAAACAAAAGAGUCCAAAACAGAGAAACCGUUAUUUUAUCGCUUAUCAGUUGUAAAAUGUCAUUUUCUUUUUCAUCAAUUGAUUACAAAAUCGAAAGGUACAGAAUAAUGCAGGCAAUACACGAUGCCCUGUUGUUUGAACCAUACAAAGUCGAACGAACCUUUUCCUUAAAAAUUCAACACUACCAACCAGUAAGCUGACAUGGUCCGAUCAGACAUGCUGACUUAAUUAACUGAUUCACUCCUACAUAUUUAAACUGGACUUGCCCAGUUUCUGAUUUGGUAAGGUUCAUAUGUGACUUUAGGGGAGAAUGGGUUAUUAACGCAAAGUUCAAAGGAGAUUUUCCCGGCAAAAAUGGCAGAUGAAAUAUGCGAGGUAGCAUAUACCCUUAAUUCAACUUCCAACCUCUCCCUUCGUACAGAAGAAGUAGAAAUGAUGUCAAACUUGUGUUGAAUGAAAUGACAACAAGCAAAGUUAUAUAGCCUAAACGCACAUAUCAUUUUUGUUAACUCUCAGGAAUUCCAUACUUUUCUACAAUGAAAAUAUGUUGGGAGGUGACGAGUGGGAAUCAAUACUUAAAUACAGCAGUAUUGCAUUAAUACAUUUGGGUACACUAUGUCAAAGGUCGAUUUUGUUUACCUUUAACCUUUUUUAUUGAACUAAUGUCAUUUAUAUACAUGUGUUAUAUAUGAUGGUCCCUUAUUUGACAGGAAAACAACUUUUUCAACUGACCUAAAGUUUUAGUCUGGACUGUUCUUUAAAUAGCAUUUAGUCAUCUUAAACAUGUUCCAUAACGAAGCUUCACAGAAAUACCGAAAUGGAACAUACAUAGUUAAUCACGUGAUCAAAGGAUGACUUUGAUUGGAUAUUUACAUCAUUUUUUAAAAACUUUAACCAGAGUUGUCGUUCCUUACCUCUUUCUUUCAUUUUUGUCAAUAGGUAAUUCCAAGAAAAUUUAGAUUUAUAUUCCCUCCUUCAAUUGAUGGGAUUUAUUUAAAUCUUUUAUAUUAUAUUAAUCGAGAUAAAUAGAAUUCAUGUUUUAUAAUAACAUUAAGACGAUUUCUAGACACAGAAAAAUCAACAUGUUGAAUUUCAGUUUUGCAAAGAAUAUUUUCUUAAUUAGUUGGUGAAGGUUAAUUUUAUCGUAAGGGGAGAUAACUCUUGAUAGUGAUUAAUCAGUAAUAUCAAUAUCCAAGGCUGACAUAUUGUAAUUUCUUUCUGUAAUCAGCCUACAAUUUUAGCAAAACAUUGUACGUAUCUUUUAAAGCCAGUAUUGCUUAGAGCAUAACGACCUCUCACACGUGUGUGUUUUACAAAUGUCGAGAGCGGGGCCCGUAUUCAUGAAACCGUUCACUUUUCCCCGCUCAGAUACUGUGCUCAAGCCCAAUUUCUUGUUCCGGUGAUAAAUAUUUAGUUUUUCGCAUUUUAAUAAUGAUUUGCACAUGAUUUUGAUCGAUUUUAGGACAGCUACAAUGAUUUAAGCGAUUUGCAAUAAGUUGGUUUGAGCAGAGAAUCCAUCCUUGAGCAUGAGAAGGAUUUCGUUUCAUGAAUACGGACCAAAAUAUAUAGUACAUUGUACAGGCAAUGACUUGUCAACUGUAUUUAUAGAAUCGAACCGCACGUAAUACCGACUGAUACAUUUUUUAAUUGAAUUUUUUAAUUUCAAUUUAGUUAAUUAAGUAUAAAUUCAGUUAUAUUGGUGAAGUUAAGGAUAUUUUCCUCCGCUCUUGUUUUUCAUGUACCUAUUCAAUGUUUUCAAAUGAAAAAAAUAUUACGUUUAAGAAUUUUCUAAGCAAGCGAACGUUUUCAAAACUGGGACGGGCUGUUGAAA